AAAUACAUAAUGCAUAGCCACGGGCAUAGGCACAUACAUUCUCAUUGUAGUCGGUCCUUCUAGAAAAGUGAUCAAGAAGAAAGAACGGAUUUAUAUUGAUUAACACUAUCCAAAUUGCUUUCUACUUUGAAGGCUCAGAGCUCCGCGACUAAACAAGAUGCAAGCAAACUGCUCGAAUCAAGACGCGUCGAAAGCUAAAUCGGCGCAAGAUCCGAAGACGGAUAGCGAGACGUCGUCGAGUCCGAGGCGAUCACCAGAAAUUGUAAUUUAUUGCAAAAUAAACGCAUCAUCUCAUAAUUUUCGAAAUGGAUGAUUUCGAUUUGUUGUUAAUUGCUCUGGUCAACAUGGGAGCACUUUUGGUGCAACGUCGUAGAAACCGUAAACGUCAUUGUCGCCGUCGGCGUGUCUGGGUACGACCAAUUAACACAAGGAGAAGACAGCAAGGAGCGUUUUACAAUCUUUUUCAGGAGAUGAAAACAGAUCCGCAAAUGUUCCACAAGUAUACACGUAUGACACUGCCAACAUUCCAGCUCUUAAUGGACAUUGUUAAUCCAAGUUUAAUGAAACGAAGUCCACAGGCACUUGAACCAGAGCAAAGAGUUGCUGUUACAUUGCGAUUUCUGAUUGGAGACAAAGUUCCAGCAGUUGCUUUUGCCUAUCGUGUUGGUUUAUCAACAGUACAUAAAAUAAUUAAAGAUACGUGUGACGUAUUUGGAAGACUUCUUGGUCCUAUCUAUCUACGAGUUCCUUCAAAAGAAGAAUAUUUACAAAUUGCUGAGGGUUUUUGGACAUUAUGGAAUUUUCCACAUUGCUUGGAGGCAAUUGAUGGAAAACAUGUCGAUGCUCAAUACCCCCCUAAUUUUGGUACGCUGUACUUCAAUUAUCACAAACGAUACAGCAUCGUACUUUUGGCUGUGUGUGAUCACAAUUAUCAAUUCACUUUGAUGGAUAUUGGGUCAAUGGGGAAGAAUAGUGAUGCGGGAAUUUAUGGGAACAGCGACUUGAAUGUGACGAAUAAGAUGCUGGAUAUUCUAGAAGGAACCAGUUGCUUAAGCGGAACCGAUAUACAAGUGCCUUAUUUUUUUAUUGGGGAUGAAGCAUUUCUCAUUGGAAAGCAUUUGAUGCGGCCAUAUGCUGGACGGUAUUUGGGGGAACGCAAAAACAUAUUUAAUUAUAGACUUUCGCGAGCCCGGCGUAUAAUAGAAAAUACAUUUGGGAUUUUGGCAAAAAAGUGGGGCAUAUAUAACAGACCGAUCGCUGCGAUUCCUGAAAAUAUCAAUAAAUAUAUUUUGGCAACUGUAUGUUUGCACAAUUUCUUAAGAAACAAAGAAGGUUAUAUUUUACAAUUUGAAAACAAUGAUGAAAUUAUUGAAAAUAACGAAAAUGGUGCAGCAUUUGCGACGCACAUUAGGGACUCUCUUUGCAAUUAUUUUAUGACUCCAAAUGGAAUGGUCAAUUGGCAGCAUGAUUAUGUAACGAGAGGACAAAAUCAAGACUUUAUCUACACGUAAACAUUUGAUCGAUUGAUUACACACGUGUCAUAUUGUGAAAUGUAAUGCUAAUAUGUAUUUAUUGUGUGAAUAUAAAAUAAACAGUAUAAACAGUAUAACA